UAGGCCCAGAGAAAGCGUAGAGGAUCAACAAAAAACAGAUCUUCACACAAGAGAAGAAGAGGGCAAACUUCAACCAGUGCGAUGACAGCAGUUUCAGAUCUGAUAGAACUGGAAGAAAGUGUGGAAGAAGUUGUGGAUUUGACUUGUGAAUCCUAUGAGUCUUCUGUUGUCGACCUAACCCACAAUGACUCUGUGGUGCUUGUAUGCAGAGCACCAAGGCCAAAGAGGAAAUGCAGGCCGGGGGUCCUCGCUGGUUUCAAGCUGUAUAUUAAGCAGUGACGAUGAAGAUUCAAGAAAUAAUGACGUUUAUCUCAGUGGCAGUAGAUCCAGUGACUUAACUACUUCAUACAACAGAUCCAGAUCGAGUGCAGGAAAUGUUAGUUGUCCUAUUUGCAUGGAUGGGUAUUCAGAGAUUAUACAAAGCGGACGUCUCAUUGUGUCUACCAAAUGCGGUCAUAUAUUCUGCAGCCAGUGCCUUCGCGAUGCCCUUAAAAAUGCCACCUCGUGUCCGACUUGCCGAAAGAAACUGACACACAAGCAGUACCACCCCAUUUACAUAUGA